AUGAAUGCAGCAGGUUGGCACAAUAAAGACCUUGAGAACCUUGCAAACCCUGUGUCUGCUCGUAUUGACUACUCAUCCGUGGUAAAUAGUGAUAUAGAAAAGGAUGUUCUGACUAAGAUGGACUAUGUUGUUGACCUAGACAAGAGAAGGUCUAUGAUAGGGAUGGUAUUCAUUGUUAGAGGAGAUGUGAUAAGGCUCGAUGCAGAUUUGGUGGAGUGGCUCGUAACUGAAUGUGGAAAGUUGGUGACGUUGGUUCAAGAUCCAUUGGAAUCACUAGAAGAUUGUGGAUCUUUGGUUGUUAGUUCUCCGCUUGGAUUGUAUCGGCUUGAACAAAUGGAUUCAAAUGAAUUUUCUAAGAGGCAACAUGGAUGUGAAGACAUAAUUAGCAACAUGCCUGAUUUUAUUAUUGGUCACAUACUAUCUUUUCUCCCAACUAAAGAAGCAGUUCAAACAAGUGUGUUAUCCAAGAGAUGGAUAUACAUGUGGACAUUCAUCACUGAACUACGCUUUGAUGAUAAAGAAACUUCCUACUCUUCCAAAAAGAAAUCAUAUAGACAAGACUUUAUAGACUUGGUGUAUAAAGUACUUCUUCAUCUUAAUGUUUCAAGCCUCCAAGGUUUCUCUCUCGUUAUUCAUAAAAAGUAUGACUCUUCCACCGUUAAUGCAUGGAUCUGUGCUGUAUUAAGCCAGGGAGUCAAAAAGCUUUGUGUUGAUUCACAUCAAAAUCUCUCCCUCUCCUUUCAUUCUCUUCCAAAAUGCAAGCCCUUGGAAGAAUUGACGUUGACCAUGUAUCACUGUGUUAUUAAAGUUCCCUCAUUUGUAUGCCUUCCAUACCUAAAAUUCCUAAAGUUGUCUGAUAUUGCAUUUGCGAGUGACUUUACUAGUAAUACACAAGAGUGGAACCUUAACUUCCCAGUGCUUGUGAAGUUUGAGACACAAAAUUGUACUUGGUCAAGUAUCACCUUAACCGCGCCUCAACUUGAAAGCAUUUCAAUAUUACGUUCUACCUUUAAGUCACUUAACUCUGUAACUAAGUUUGGUGUUUCGCGUCUUAAGGAAUUCAUUUAUCGUGGCUUUAUAUUGCAAGACACCAUUCUGUUAGAUCCAUCAUCAACUCAUAAUACUGCUGCUGUUGAAAUCACUGUAUACCCACAGUUGGAGAGAUUGCAAGAAUCAAGCUUUCGCUCUUGUUUGCUUGUCAAACAAUUCAACCAAAUGAAAUCUCUCAAAAUUCAGGGUACUAAGGUUCUCGCAGGAGCAAAUUUAGCUGAUCUACCUGCAUUUGGAAUGUUGACUCAUCUGGAGCUAGGUACUAAUAAUGGUCAAACUAUUUUAGGCCUACUCCUCAAGGCACCUUUUCUCAAGACUUUAGCUUUAGAGGGUAUAUCUGUAUUUGACAAAGAGAUUUUGAAUUCAACAAUUGUGCCGGAUUGUUUGCUAUCUACCCUCAAAGUGAUGAAAUUUGGAAACUUCUAUGGUUUCGAGCAUGAACUUCGUUUUGCUAAGUUUAUAAUGGAAAAUGCUAAAGUCAUUGAAACAAUAAAGUUUCACGUUGUUGCUCGAAAGAGGCAUACGAGGAGGCUCUAUUCAAGGAGCGCAAUGCGAGCAGUUAUGGAGAAGCUAUCCUCAUUUAAUAGAGGUUCCAGGUUUGCUAUUAUGGAAUUUACAUUUGCUUAUUAG